CUCAAAACCAAUUCAACUCUCUCUCCAUCACUCACCACUCUACCUUCCUCCACCCUUUUGCAAAACCAAAACCAUGCAAACCAGGGAAGUCUCAGCCCUCAAUUAUUUACUCCCUUCAAACCCUUCUCCCUACCCUCCCAACAACAACUUCACAACCCUCCAAAACAACAUUCCCACAUUUCAGUUCCAAAGAUUCUCCACCCAAUUAUAUGGCCACAACCACAACACCACCCCCUAUGAUUUCAGCCCUCAAUCAUCAUGCAUCAGCAGCAACUCCACCUCUGAUGAGGCUGAUGAACACCAACUCACUCUCAUCAACGAGAGGAAGCACAGGAGAAUGAUAUCAAACCGAGAAUCCGCACGUAGGUCUCGGAUGAGGAAGCAGAAACACCUUGAUGAGCUUUGGUCUCAGGUCAUGUGGCUCAGGAAUGAGAACCACCAACUCAUAGACAAACUCAACCAUGUCUCAGAAAACCAUGACCAAGUUCUCCAAGAAAAUGCUCAGCUCAAAGAACAAGCCUCAGAACUUCGCCAAAUGAUCAGGGACAUGCAGAUACACAGUCCUUCCCCUUCCUUCACCCCUUUUCAAGAUCAUGAUGUUCCUUGCAGCACCUCACCGUUUCUCAGAUCAGAUUCUUCAAACCAAUCCAACUCAUGUAACAACAACAUGGAUCUCCUCGGAUGAAUUUCCACACAAGAGGCUCCAAAUUUUUAUCAUCUCUUUAUCUAAUCUUCUUUUGCUUUUUUCCCUCUUUCUUUCUAUGUCUAUGUGCAAGUCAAAAAAAAAAAAAAAACAAGUCUUUUCCUCCCUUUUUCGCUGUGUGAGAAGAAAAGAUAAAUGCCAAUAACAUAUCUUGAUGAGUAUUUUCAUUUCA